AUCGCGGUGCCCGGAUGAGGCAGUUCCGCCGGCGGCGGGUGGUGCUGCGGCUGUGACAGGGGAUGCGCUCCGGUGAGUAGCGGCGGGGACCGGGGAUAAGAGGUGCCGCGGCGGUCAGCAGUCGGUCCGCUGGGAGACGGGCAUUGAGCAAUGGGCAAUAAGCAAUGGGUACUGAGCAUUGAGGGGCUGCGGCCCCGCGUUCUUCCACCGAUUGGCUGCGAAGUGACAACGGGGCAGGUCCCGCCCUGCGGCGCAUUCUAUUGGCCGGCUGCACAGCCCCUCCGCCUCCUAUUGGCGGGCGCGUCUGCCUGUCUGUCGGCGGCCCGGCCUGGCCCUGCUCGCGCGGCCACCGCCCUGCGUGAGCCGCUGCCCCCCCCCCACCCCGAGCUCCUGAGGUAACGGCGCGCGGCCGGCGCCGGGUGUCCGCCGGCAGGAGGCCGUGGGGCGAGCACGAGGCGGCAGACGUGCCGUGAAGGAUGAGCACGCUGACACAAGGCAGAGCGCACUCCUGGAGCUGGACUUGCAGCCGAGUGACUUCCCAUUAACGUCUCCUGGUGACGCGGAUGGCUCUCCUCACCCACGCAUCCCCAUUGUUCUCCACCCGUGCUCAGUGACUCAGGGUUGCUCUGCUCCUUCCGAAACUCACUUGACUCGGUGAGGAGUGCAGAGAGGGUUUUUUUUUUGUUCUCCUGGUGUUUCAUGCCCAAGGAAAUGGUUAACUGAGUGAAACAGCAGUGGAAAUGCUCCUUGGAUAUUUAAGCCAAGGAGCUCGUUUUGCAUAAAAAUUCCAGGACCUCGUGGAUGGUCAUAUUGAACAUGGACAGUGAGGAAAUUCCGACCUUCUCAAGUCCAAAGGAGGAAACUGCUUAUUGGAAAGAGCUUUCCUUGAAGUACAAACAAAGCUUCCAGGAAGCUCGUGAAGAGCUGGCUGAAUUUCAGGAGGGAAGCAGAGAAUUAGAAGCUGAGUUGGAAGCACAGCUGGUGCAGGCUGAGCAGAGGAAUAGGGAUUUACAAGCAGAUAACCAAAGGCUGAAAUAUGAAGUGGAAACAUUAAAGGAGAAACUGGAGCACCAGUAUGCACAAAGCUACAAGCAAGUGUCAUUGUUAGAGGAUGACCUGAGCCAGACACGGGCCAUUAAAGACCAGCUUCAUAAGUAUGUCAGGGAGCUGGAGCAGGCCAAUGAUGACUUGGAACGUGCAAAGAGGGCAACAAUAGUUUCAUUGGAAGACUUUGAACAAAGACUGAACCAGGCUAUUGAGAGAAAUGCGUUUUUGGAAAGUGAACUGGAUGACAAGGAGUCAUUGCUAGUUUCUGUACAGAGAUUAAAGGAUGAAGCGAGAGACCUGCGGCAGGAGCUGGCAGUACGGGAAAGGCAGCAGGAAGUCACCCGCAAGUCUGCGCCGAGCUCUCCAACUCUAGACUGUGAAAAGAUGGAUUCAGCUGUCCAGGCGUCUCUCUCCUUGCCAGCUACGCCUGUUGGAAAAGGAUCUGAAAAUAGUUUUCCUUCCCCAAAAGCUAUACCAAAUGGAUUUGGUACAAGCCCUCUUACUCCUUCAGCUAGAAUAUCUGCACUCAACAUCGUGGGAGAUCUCUUACGGAAAGUGGGGGCCUUAGAAUCCAAAUUAGCUGCUUGCAGAAAUUUUGCAAAGGACCAGGCAUCACGGAAAUCCUACAUUUCAGGGAAUGCUAACAGCAGCAUGAUGAGCAGCAACGGCACGAAGUACCCUCAUCCAGGGCAUACUUCUUUCUUUGACAAAGGCCCCUGUACUCUCUUCCCUGCCCCAAACUGUCGCUGGAGCCUGAAACAGCCACGCGUGCUCGUAGACCCGGUCCAAUCUGCAGCCGCUGCCUUAUGAACAGCCAGUUGUUGGGUGGUGGGAUUGUGCCAGAGGCGUGAAAAGGGCAGUAAACGGCUUUGAUCAAGGGACCCCAGGACUGGGAGCCUCCAGACCAUCAUCAGCACCUGGCAUGCUACCCCUGAGUGUAUGAGUCGGCGCCAGGUUGUGCUUGGACUUGCGGACGCUUUUCUCGGCCCAGCAAGAGAAGUGCUUUGGUUUCCUCCCCCUCCCUGCCCCGUGGGAACAGGACCUGCACCAUGGCAUGCAGCAGUGCCCGUGCUGCUAGAGGAGAGCCCGUGCUUGCAGCCUUUCAUGUCCUGUUAAUAGAGUUAACUGUAGUGGGUGUGCUCUGUGGCCCCAUACCGUGUGUUGCACAAGCUGACACAUAGUGCUCUGUUCCAGGGGAUGCAGAACCACAGCCAGGUGCUGCUCAACCUGUUACUGCAUCUCUUCUCUUAGUUAGGUUUGGCGUGAUAAAAACACUUGUGGCUUUUCUUGAAGGCUACACCUCUCCCUGCCUGAUCUCACAUCCUGCUGUUUAGGCCAACCAGCUGCUGUCUUCCCCAUGAGGCUCAAACCUCUCAAGACACACGGGGGGAGGUUGGAGUAGGAGAGGAGGCCUGAAAUUUGCUCUGGGGGUGUGAGUUAAUGCAGCGUAGAAAUCACUGCUGGACAGGUGAGCAGCUGACUGUCCAUAAGGCCCUUCUCCAGCCCAGCAGAUGGGUGUAGAGCUGUUGCUCAGGUGGGGACAGGGGCAGCCAGGGCCAGGAUGGCAUCAAGCUGGGGAAGGUUCUUGUAGGCCCAGCACACAUCAUUGAGCACCAGUAUCCUCAGCAGCCCUGGGCUGAGCUUGGCUGGCGCCUCCUCCCUUGGCCCGGGGCCUGCAGCAAGCAUCUGUUUCCCAUGUGCCUGAACCAUCCCCCCCAGUCCUCCUAAGUGACACUUCUGCCCCCCCCCCCAAACCAGACAUCGGCUCUUUAGGAAGCCGCUCAGCCCAGGGGCUGCAGUGCCCAUCAGCUGCCCCCUCCCAGCACCCUGUAUCCAUCGACCCCAUGUUCAGCUCUGUAAUAUAGGACUGGAUUUCAGUGUCACCUGCAGGCUUCUGUGACAGUUUUGGGUGACUGUGUACCUUGUGGGUCUUUCAAGCGAUGCAUUUGUGCAAGUUCUCUGUCGCUGUGCCGCGGAGUUGGUGGAUUUUGAUGUGAACCAAUGCACCCCAUGGGGGUCUGAGAAAAAAAAACCUUCCUUCCCAGUUUGGUCCAUCGCGUUCCAUUGGUUCUGCAGCUGUGCAUUUAUUUACAAGCGUUGAGAGAAACCACUGGCCCCAGCAGAAGAGGUGGGAGCGUUCCCCCUUUGCCGUUAGGGCCCUUAUGGUCCUCCUUUCCUGUGCAUCCUCUGCUGCAUUUGACUGUUUACAUUUGUUUUACUGUACAUAGGUUUGUAAACAUAUUAUCUUUGCCUAAGAUCUUUGUACAUAACUUGGGCUUUGUAGCUUUAUUUAUUCAAAGUCUAUAUGGCAUGUUUCAAUAGGACAGUGUACCAUACCACCGUGGUCACACAGCGUAAUGUGGCUUAAAGACAAAAAACCAACAAAACCUGGGAGUAAUAUUCCAAAAAUAAAGUUCUUUUAACGUGGA